UGCCGGCGGCACGAUGAAGAGCAUGCUGCCGGAGCGCGGACCUUCCACACAGCAGAUUCUAGCCGUGGUCACACUCCUCCGCUGGGCGGGUUCCUGCUGCUGGUAGCGGGCCUCGUGUUCGCGGCGACGCUGAUCGGGCUCGCGGUGGCGACGCCGGUGUUCGUGAUAUGCAGCCCGGUGAUCGUGCCGGCGGCGCUGGCGAUCGGGAUGGCGGUGAUGGGGUUCCUGACGUCCGGCGCGUUCAGGAUCACGGCGCUGUCGUGGAUGGCGAACUAUAUUUGCCGGACGAGGGUCGGGGCGGUGGUGCCGGAGCAGAUGGAGCUUCGCGGCGGGCCCAGGAUGUGUGUGAGAGAGAUGGGGAAUUGGGGAAUUGUUUGGACAUGGAGAGAGAGAGAGAGAGAGUUUCUGGUCGGGAAAUUUUUCCGACGAACAUCGUCGCCGGAGAAGAAUUUCCCGGCGACAGUGUUAAUUUUGUGA